AUGGACAAAAUCAACUCAAUCGCCCACAAGGCCAACGUGCGCGCCAGUCCACAGGCUCUGCUGGCAACGCUGACGCUGGGCCUGAUCCAGACCCACCUCAACACCGACGUUGCUGAAAAGAGCUGGUUUUCCGACGCCCCCGCGCUCUUCUCCUUUUCCGUCGACGGCCUGGAAGUGACGCUGUCCAAGCUCGGAAACGACAAGGUGGCGCUCAACUUCUCCAAGGGCCAGCGGGUAACCACCGCCAUCGCCAUCAUCCCGGACCUGAUUAGAAACACCAGCUUUGACCAGUGGACCGAAGACUACACCGCGCAGUUCAACCCCGCCAUCGACGAGUUCAUCCAGAACGUGAACCGCAUUCUGGUGGCAAUCGACGCCCCCGACAACCGCACCAAGGAGCAGAUUCGACGCGGAACACAGCCAGCAAACACACAGCAACAGCAGGACCAGACACAAAGCCAAAGCCGGCUGUUUGAAGGCUCGGGACGACCCGCAGACGAGCCACAAAGCACAGUGUCACAUGACCAGGCCGGCCCCGACCGCCUCGCCAUGCCCGGAACACAAAACCACCCCGGCCCCAACCCGUACAACGUCCCCCGCGGCUCCUCAUCUUCAGGCAUUCAUCCCGGCUACGCCCCCCCCGGAUUCGAAGACGACUACGAGAUGGGUGGCAGUUUGCGCAACCCCGGGGCCAGCGGUCCUGUGCCACACCUUGGGGGUUACGGCCAGUCCGAUCUCAACCCUCCCGGAUUGUCUGGAGACCCCUCCAUGCGUCCUUCUUUGGGGGUGCCUCCCGGCAUGUCUGGCGGCAUGUUCCCUUCCGCUGGCGACUUUGGGUUCCCUGGAACGGAUGACCAUGGCCCCGACGACCUGACCCGACCUCCUGGAUCUCGCUACGAUGCCCCUGGCCCCUCUGGAUCGGGUUUCGGACAGCCCGGAGGUGGAUUCGGAGGCUUUGGAAGCGGAUCGGGAGGUUUCGGAGGCCCAGGAGGGUUUAUGUAG